GUUGGGAGCAACUCCAGAGCCUCCUUCAAGAUGCUGCUGGUCCUGCUGUCAGUGGUCCUGCUGGCUCUGAGCUCAGCUCAGAGCACAGAUAAUGAUGUGAUCUCUGAAGACUUUACUCCCACCACACCAGAUGUAGAGGACUCAAGUCAGAGCCCAGAUCAGGGACCCCAGAGACCUCCUCCUGAAGGACUGCCACCCAGACUCCCUGGUGAUAGCUGUAACCAAGACGAUGGUCCUCAGCAGAGACCACCACAACCAGGAGGGCAUCACCACUAUCCUCUACCACUUCCAUUUCAAAAUCAACGACGACGACCCCAACAAGCAGACCUUCACCGCCCUCUACCCCGACUUCCUCCUGUAAGGCUGGAGGAACUACCAGCAUUCUUCCAGGGGGACAGACCGCCAAGACAUCUCCAGGACCAGCCACCCUGGUGGUAAUCUAGAAUUCAAUGACAGGUAUGAUUCCAGUUCAUUCUCCAUUAAAUGCUCAAACUGUUACUGUUCUCAAACUUCAUUGUGUUCACGAAUCAAUUGGAAGUAUGUUGAAAUUACAUAAUCCUGAACCCCAUUUCUAAAGAUUUAUGUUCAGGUAUUCUUGGAUAAGGUUGCAAGUCCUUGUAUUUUUAACACUCAGUUCAAAGAAUUCUUAUCUUAUGAAAUACUGACCUCUCCAACUUUUUUCUUAAGAUGACUUGUCUCCUUAAAAUGAGUUGGUAAUGAGGAAGUGGGGUGUGUUCUCCCUUUGGUGCUCUGCCUCCCGUCUUUGAAUCUGCUCUCUCAGGCCCAGGGACUCUCCAUCUCAGGUUUCUCUCUGGUUUCCACCACAGCACUCUUUGCUCAGUUCUGCCUCACACCAGCCUCUCAGGUCCAGUGUCCCUGCCAAAUGAUACUUGAACUUGAUGCUCCUAUAUCUUAUUUAAUUUUUAAAAUACUUAUUUUGAAAUUAGUACAUCCUCAAGGAAAAAAAUCUAACUGAACAGAAUGGUAUGAAGCUAAAUCUUAAAGUGAUGCCUUAUCCUACUUACUCACACCCCUCACCAAAUGUCACCACCAUUAAUUUUUUGAACAUCCUCCUGGAAAUAUGUAUAUGUAUAUAAGCGUAUGUUGUUAUUUUUCCCACAAAUGAUAUAUUAUUUUAAAUGCAGAUCUGUAUUUGCUUAUUUCAAAUAAUACAUGUCUUAGAUAACUUUGUCAUUUCACAGAGACAUAUAGAUCUUCUUGGUGAUUUAUUUGUACAUUUUUAUUUUGUUACAAUUGUAUACUACUCUCUUGUGUGACUGUACCAUGAUUUCUUCAAUCAACCACUGUUAAUUGAGAUGUAGUUCUGUAUUAGUUUUUCACUACUGUAGGUUCAAGUUGCAGUCAUUUUCAUAAAUAUAACCUUGAAUGUUUUGAACAGUAGCCAAAACAUAAACACCAUAAAAAUGAUCUGUUUUCUUAAUCUUGAAAGCAAUAAUUUACUUUACUAAUAUCAUCAAGGAAUUAGAUACAUUUUGCUAUGUUGUAUCUUGUGUAUAUAUUUCCUUAUUUGUUUGUUUGUUUCAGAAAAUAAAUAAGAAGAUAACUUCCUUCAGAAAGCCAUUACAAUGAAAAAAUGUGGUCAUAACUCUUAAGUAUACCAAUAAAAUAUUAAUAGCAUGCAA